AUUUACAGAUAUUAGUAAAGGUCACUUUUUGGUGAAUAGCAUAUAACUCAAGACCAAAAUUAGACUAUUCGAUUCCGUAACAUUUUUUCCCAAUAAGAUUGGAUGGUCAAUAUUGUAGUUAUUCCACAAGAGUUUUUUUUCUUAAUAUAGGUCUUUUCAAUAACUACUACAAACUAGUCUCUGCUUUGUUAUUUGUUUUAUGUUCAUCUAAUAAAUUAUUUACCCUAAACGUAAAUGAUUCGACAGGCCUUUCAUAUAUAAACAGUUUUGAUUUUUGAUUACUUUUAAAAUUUUUUUGCAAUGCUAAAUGUUAAAUAUUAUUAUUAAGAAGAAAAAUGGGCGUAAUGAAAUUAUAGAAUUUUCUUAGUAAAAAAUGACAAGCUUUUGUUCUGAAAGAUAUGUACUCCCAGUAAACUGUGUGCAUACUUUUAUUUUACUCUUAACUCAAAGGAAAAUUAGUUUAUUAUAAAAAAGCGCAUGAUCUAUAAACAAUAAAAUAAUGUUUAUUUACAACUAUCACAUAAUCAAUAGAUUUUUAAGAGAAUAUUGACAAGUAAUGACAGCUCAUCUUGGCAAUUGAAUAAUGUUGACAUUUCAAUGGAAUCAUAUUGUUUAAUCGUAACGUCAAAAAAUUAAAUCUUAAUGCAUUAUUUUGGUGUAAGUAGAUGAAAAGUCCUGAACUUAAGGGUCAUUAAUUUUUUCGAUUAUGGGCAAUAAUUUUUGUGAGCGGAGAUGGUGACAUCUCAACAAUGAAAAAAAACUAGGAGGAUGGAAAUCAACCGCAGUUUAUGAUGACUAAACUAGAACGAAGAAGGUAUGGAAGCAAUUAAGAAGUGUUAACAAUAUUACAAAAACAACAGUGUUUUUUUCCUGAUAAAUCUAGUAUUCUAUAUGCGAGUUAUGGCUAUAACCAUUGUAUAAAGAAUAGGAUAGUAGGUUAACCUUAUGAAGAUAUCAUUUGACGAGGUGGACGCCACCAAUAGAUGGGAGUGGAGAGUUGGAAUCCACAUCACGUCUUUUCUUACUGUGCGUCGUAGUUUGAAUUACGUGUUUUCUUAGCUUUGGUUGCCGAGUUACCCCAAUAACAGAUGGCGCCAAAAUUAUUUAAAAUAUUAUAUUCAACCCUUAAGCUGUGUUGUAAAGUUUCUUAUUUUGGGAGCCUAUAGCAAAGUUGCAAUUAGAGUUCAUUAUUGUAUUGUGUUCAUUUUGUUAUUGUUGAGUUUCGUUGGUUGUGCAUUUGGAUUAUUUUUUUAUUUGAAAAUCUUUGAACUUGGAUUAUUUUUCAAUUUUAAGGUAAGUGGAUAUUAUUACAAUUAAUAUAUAUAUAUCACUAUCCUCUUAGUUAAUAUAUUCAAAUUAUAAGAGGCGCUAGAUGUAUAAAUGCUACAGCUUACAAUUUCGGAAAAAAAACUGUAUAUUUAGCGAACUACUUACUAAAAUGUAUUUAUAUAACAAAUAAUCACUUCUUCUUUUCAAUUUUUUAGAAAUGGCUGGAAAUAAGUGUGUUUAUUUCAAGUGUGGACUAAGUAAGAGAUCAGAUCCUACAAUUAAAAUGUACCGAUUUUCUGUGAAUGUCCCUACCAGAUGUCAAAAAUGGAUCAUAUACUCGGGUAUUCACGCUGCAGCGAAAGAAACUGUUGCUUUGGCAGAAAGACAAUUUUUAACCAAUCAACAUGAAUGGCAGUUUGACAAUGCUUGGCAAGAAAUGCUCAAUAAUGCCACUAUGAAGGUUAUGGAAGCAGAAACGAACAAGGCAGAAUGUGGACGUGAUCAUCAACGAAAAGCAGCAGCUUUUAAAGAAAUUGAAGAAAAACUAAAAUUAGAAGAUGAAAAAUUUCAUAAAGCAAUCUUGAAAGCACGGCCUUAUUUUGACGAAAAAGUGGUUUGCCAGGAUCAAUUAAAUACUCAAAAGAAUCGAAUAGGAGCUUUAAAACAAGAAAUACUAAAUUCAAAACAAUCUUAUUCGCAAACUUUGAAGAAUCUAGAGCAAAUAUCAAAUGAAAUCCAUAUGAAAAGACAAGGGAAAAAGCACGAAAAUGAUAUUUUGCGUGGACCUCGAGAGCCAGGUGUAGGCGCCGAACUAACGUCUAAUUUCGAAGAAGUUUCGCUCACAAAACAAUAUCAGUCACUGCCAGAUAUUAUAACCGAACUUGAUAAAUACGACGAUUACAAUAGUGCCGUUGUUAGUUCAACUGUAAGUGAGAAAUAUGAUUGUGGAAGCGUAGAUAAUAUUGAUGAUGUGGGUAGUACAAUAAAAAAAUUAGAAUUAAAUAAAAGAUCCAUCGAAGGAACAAGUCAAACUGUUUUUGUUUCAGAAUUCCACUUAGGAAAACUAGAAAAAUAGUAUUUCAUCAAGUAUUCAAGAUUUUUUUUCUUCAGUUUUCUAAGAUUUGGUGAUUAUUUUCCUUAUAGCUUGAAUAUUUCCAACAUCUUCAAAUCAUAUAUUAAAAUAUAUCAUCACAUACACCUAAAACUUGCCAUUUAAAUAUAUUUAGUCGUGGAAACCACAAAUGUCAUGCUUUAAUUUGUGUAUGUACAAGUGUAGUCAUAUAAACGUGAAACAAUAUUUUUUAUUAAAAAAUCAACUUGGAGAAAACUAAUUUAACUAAAUAAGCCGCAUACUAAUAAACCUGAUUUAAUUCUAUUUUCGCACACAUGUCAGUAAGAAAAUGCGAUAAUUAUUCUUGGUUACUCAUUACACUAAAUAUUUUUUCCUAUUUAAAUGAAUUGUAAUGAAUGUUUGAAGCCGUUUUUCGUAUGCUGCUCAAGCAAGUUACUUGUAUUCUACUACUAGUUAUUUGUUGAGAGCUGUUUUUCCAUUUUAUAUAAAAAUGAUAACGAUGGUCAGUCAUAUAUCGUGGACUUAUUAUAUUUUGAGCCCCUAGAAGCAGCUAAUUAAACUUGUUAUAUUAGUGCAAUGAUUUAUAUCGGCAGUAAAUGCUACAUCAUAAUACCAUAAAAAAGUUUUGGAUUUGUAACCAAAAAUAUUUACAUAAAUAGAUAUUGCAAAAAAUAUACGUACCAUAUAACACAUAGAAAAAUGUGCAAUUAAUUAGCGGUUAAUUUAAAUUCUCAGUGUCUAACACUUUGAAGUCAGGUUGUGAAAAAUGUGUAAAAAUUAUUUUUCCUCUAAUAAACAAAUUUCAUUCUACUAAAUAGUAUUUAAUUUCAAUUAAUUAGCAACCAGAAGUAUGAUUAGAAUGCGAGAUCCAGAAACCUCCCAUAGUUACACUAAUAUUUUGAACUACUUCAAAAUUUCAUUGGUUAUAUACAGAUUAAAGACUCUCUAGAUACACACCAUUCAUGUAUAUUAAUUUAAUAGAUGUUUUGGAACUGGAAUUUAAUCCUGCUGUCUAUAUUGUAAAUUCAAUUCUAUGACAUGGAAUUCUUACCAAAUCUACUCACAAGACAUGUACAUCUACACUUUUAUAAAGUAAACACUACAGAGUAGAGGUGAUCGCAUUCAUGACACUGACAAAAAUACACUAACACAUAAGUUCAACGUUUUCUCAAGAGGGGUCACCUAACAAAGAUAAAUAAUAUAAACAAAGACAAAACUACAAUACAAGUAAAAAACUUUCGAGUCAAUUUCACAAUACAAUAUUACAUUUGACAUCCACAAGCUGAAACGAUGCAGUUAUGACUGCCGUUGAUAAAUUAACAAUCCCUCAACCAGAUCCUACAAUGACACACACGCAAUGACUAAAGUAGAUAAAAAAUACUGCAAAUAAUGACACGGCACAACAAAUGAGAUAAAACUGACACAGGACGAAAUACUUUUACAAUCUCCAAGGCAGUAAGGAAAAUACAUGUGGUAUUGACAUUGGAGACUAUAGGACUCGGACAAAUAACUUUUAUUACAGUAGAUUUGAACUAAAAUGCACUGCAAAAACUGAAGACCAUAUCAAAAACCACUGUACGUUACAAGAAAGACAGAUAGAAAAACUUGACAUACGUACUACUCGAUUAUGGACAUACAAACGAAAUAAAAACGACUGGAGAGAAAAAAUUAUUACUAAUGAAGAAUUAAAUUCUUAUCUAGAAGCUUAACACGGUCGGCGUAAUGCAAAAGUCAAAUUGAACAUUUCCCCGAAACAAAUGACAAACAAGAUCUUCUAUUCUCGAGUUUGUGAAUUUCGAUAGCUGGGAAAGGUUCUUUCGAAAAUGGUCUCGAUAGAUAUUUAAUCACAUUGUCCAGUUUAUUAUUUUAUAUAAAUAACAAACUGAUUUGAAACUUGAAAUAUUUUCAUCACAUUGUUUAUUUGUGGGAUUCACAACAUAAUAUGUUGACUAAAUCCCCAUUAAAGGUGUAUAUCCAGAAAGUUUUUAAUUCAUGGUAUUUAAAUAAGAAAGUUUGGAAAAAUAAUUAUAUCGAUUUUACAAUUUAUAUUUUAUAGUCAUUCAAUUGAUCUGUUAAUUUAGCGUUUUUGUUAGUACAAAUAUUGUAAGAAUUUUAUGUGCACUAAGAAACUGCAUUGCAUACGAACAUUAUUAAAUUUAUAAUUAUUUGUA